UCAAAAAUCAAACCCAUCUGUUCUCGCAAAACCCAAACCCAAACCCAUCUGUUCUCACCGGCAGCGAUGGCGAGAGAGAGAGGGUCGCUCGUCCACCCAUUCUCCUCCUUCACGCGCCCUGACACACUCGGCGAAGCCACCGCUCGCUUCAAGCGCAACCUCGGUCACUUCCGCGUGAACUACACGUUCAUCGCGCUCCUCAUCCUCUUCCUCAGCCUCCUCUGGCACCCGAUCUCCAUGAUCGUCUUCCUCGCCAUCUUCGUCGCCUGGUCUUUCCUCUACUUCCUCCGCGACCGUCCACUCCUCCUCUUCCACAUCACCGUCGACGACCGCAUCGUCUUGGCCUUGCUCUUCAUCAUCAUCAUCAUCUUCGACCCAAACGCCAAACACCACCCAAACGCCACCCAAUCGCCACCCAAAUUCGACCCUCACGCCGGAAACCCACGACCUCCACGCCUCCACCACAGCUUUUCUGAUCAAGCCUCCACGCCGUUGCCUCCAUUCCGUUGAAGAAGAGAGAUCAGGAAGAAAGAGA